AUGUUCUUGGUGUCAGUGCGUGUGUUUGUGGCUGCUUGUUUUACGCUCUGCGACUACUUUGAGGCUGUUUAUGCCGGGUCUGUUCUGUUAAACUCAAAUGCCAUCAAGAACCUUCCCGCUGGAGUUAACAACCCAAGCCAAGCAAGCCAGGCAAGCCAGGCAGUGAGCGCGACCCCGGAUCUUUUAUCUUUUGACAGUGGUAGCCAGAAUACCGCAAUUGACACCUCACAGACUUUGAGUUGCGCAGAUGACGACGAAUGCAGUGUCGAUGAAUUCUGCAAUGAAUCCCGUGGCACGUGUAUCCCGUGCAGAAAAAAAAGGAAGCGAUGCGCUCGAGACGCUAUGUGCUGCCCAGGCAACCACUGCAGCAACGUGACGUUGACGUCACCCAGCCAACCAGAGUUAAUCGCACAGUGGAGUUUCCUGUCAAGCAAACUUCCCAAGCGUUGCCUCGACCGCUUAAAGUCAGGUCAGGAGGGCGAGAACUGCUUGAGGUCUACCGACUGUGCCGAGGGGCUUUGUUGUGCUCGGCACUUUUGGUCCAGGAUCUGCAAACCGGUUCUGACGGAGGGGCAGGUCUGCAGUAAACAAAAACGGAAAGGCACGCGCGGUCUGGAGAUAUUCGAGCGCUGCGCAUGUGGAGACGGUCUUGCCUGCCGGCCGCAGAGGGGACAUCAGACCAGCAAGUCUGCUCGAAGUCUCAACACAUGCCAAAGACGCUGA